AUGUCACACAGCUCCCACAUCCAGCCGCUCCUCUCUCUGAUGACGACCGGCCCAUCCGCCCCAGGUCGACACGCACCACACAUACCGUCAGCCACCCGCGCAAAGCUACACCACUCCAGUCAAGUCCAACUACGCCAUCUGCACCGGUUCAUACUCCCCCAACCCUUCAAACCGACUAAAGGCUCCUCCACACAGAGGUCCCUUCCGGGCAUAUGGCGUCAAUCCCAGCACAACGCACUGGCGCCUCAUUGUAUCAGCCUCCCCGUAUCCACUGCACCCAUCCCUGCACCCAUAACUACCCACCCUGGGACCCCUCAAACAACUAUACCUGCCAUCCCACUGCAUGGGACACACCACUCUCAUCCAACAUCGUCUGCAGCCACUGCUUCCGCCACUGCUUCCGCCACUACUUCCACCUACACGCAAGCCAAUCCUCACGCAGCCUACGCACAGACACACGAGUCCACUGCCCACUCACACAAGGGUCCCACUGCGACAAGUCCUAUCCCCACUACUCGUUACUGGGACCGUGAGACACACCACUUCGAAGGCUUUAUCGCUGACGAUAUUGCCGAUGUGAAGCGUCACUUCGCCGAUGCCAAAGUCCGUAUCCAGUUCUCCAUCAACCCGUCGCUCCAGCCUCCGGACGAACAACUCAGCAUACUCAACUACCGGCGACAGAUCGAGGUCAUAUGUCAGGAACGCUUCGGAAUUACCUUCCGCGGCGGCCUCCUGGAACACGGUCUUCAGCUCCUCACAGACCCCCUUCAACGCAACAUCCAGGCCUGGGCAGCACCACGACGUGGUUAUCUCUUCCUCCGAGACAUCUAUGUGGUUGGACUACCAUUACGCUGGUGUGCUCGACAACGGGCUCUCCUUCCACCAACUCAAAUACCGCAAUCCAUCCAAAAUCACACCUGGAGACCUCAAGAGCUCCCCCCCGCAACACCGCCGCCGACGCACCUGGCGGAUCCAGGGUUUUCCUCCCCCCCCACCUGA